UUCGAGUAUCUAGUUUUAUCCCGAGUCUGGGAUGCAUGUUAAAAGAUUCACAUCGCAACCUAACGCUAGAAAUGUAAACAAUCACGCAAGUGUCCUCGAAUACAGAUACGUCUAGCAAUGACGUGGCUGUCAAAAUAUGGACAGCACAGCCAACGGACAACACGGGCUGCGAGGCUUGUUGGUCGCAACUUGAGUCGUCGACUCGAGAAUUGAUUUCACACUCCGCGACCAGUGCUGUGACGGUAGAGGCAUUUGCUACUUUAACUCGCCAUAACUGACCAGCACUGUGUAGGACUUACCAAUGACGUGCUGAGUGAAGCCACUAAGAUAAGGUAAGAAAGUAGUAGACAUUUUUGUUAAAUUUGUAGCGUUUUAUAGGGGAAUGUUUUGUAAGUAUGUGAGGUUACAUUCUCUCUCAAGUGUGGACUACAGUUUUGAAUGAGAAUGCUGAGACUUGGGGGGGGGGGGGGGUGAGGGGGGUAGGUAAAGACAGUUGCUGCAUUAACUCGCCAUAACUGACCAGCACUGUGUAGGACUUACCAAUGACGUGCUGGGUGAAGUCACUAAGGUAAGCAAGUAGUAGCCUUUAAGGUUAGCAAGUAGCAGCCUUCAAGGUAAGCAAGUAGUAGCCUUUAAGGUAAGCAAGUAGUAGCCUUUAAGGUAAGCAAGUAGUAGUCUUUAAGAUAAGCAAGUAGUAGUCUUUAAGGUAAGCAAGUAGUUGUCUUUAAGGUAAGCAAGUAGUAGCCUUUAAGGUAAGCAAGUAGUAGUCUUUAAGGUAAGCAAGUAGUAGCCUUUAAGGUAAGUAAGUAGUAGCCUUUAAGGUAAGCAAGUAGUAGCCUUAAAAGGUAGGCAAGUAGUAGCCUUUAAGGUAAGCAAGUAGUAGCCUUAAAAGGUAAGCAAGUAGUAGCCUUUAAGGUAAGCAAGUAGUAGACACUUUGUUACAUUUUUAACGCUUUUCCAAAUGUAAGGUUUUAUUUGGAAAUUUGAGGUAAACUUCUCCCUCAAAGUUGGAUUAUGAUGAGUUGAUGGGGAAUGCUGAAACUUGAUGGGGUAUGCUGAAACUUGAUGGGGAAUGCUGAAACUUGAUGGGGAAUGCUGAAACUUGAUGGGGAAUGCUGAAACUUGAUGGGGAAUGUUGAAACUUGAUGGGGAAUGCUGAAACUUGAUGGGGAAUGCUGAAACUUGAUGAGGAAUGCUGAAACUUGAUGGGGAAUGCUGAAACUUGAUGGGGUAUGCUGAUACUUGAUGGGGAAUGCUGAUACUUGAUGGAAAAUGCUGAAACUUGAUGGGGAAUGCUGAAACUUUAUGCGGAAUGCUGAUACUUUUUUUUUUACUACUAAUGCUCAGUUCCCACGAUCAAAUUUUCGUCAAAUUUUUUAAUGAACGCAUUAUUUUUACACGCAAAAAUAGAAGGGAAGGGAUGUUAUGUCAGGUUUUUGUUGGGGGAAGGGGGGGGGGAGCAAAAUCCAAAACUUGGUCGGCUUAAGUUGUUAAGUUGUUUAUUACUGGAGGCGCCCCAGUACGUCACAAUUUGAAAUAUAAUCCUGUAAAUUCAGGGGGGGGGGCAAAAGCCCUACCCUGCGCUACCCUAAUGACGUCCCUGAAAAAAAAAAAUAGUAUGUUCAUUCAAAAAUGUGACGAAAAUUUAUCUGGUGACUGAUGACUUGCGCGGGUGACUUUUGUUUAAAGUGAGGAAGAGUUGCGCAGCGUCAACCUCACUCUCUCGUCCGAGCCCACCAUAUCCAGUGGCAAGACUCUACGUCAAGACGACCAGGGAUGGGUACGGUUGCAGGAAUGGACAUUGUAUGCGCCUUACGGGACUCCAACUCCGGGUUUGAAUUCAGAGUUUCCUUCUCUUAGAUGAGUUGCCGACCAAGGUUAACGAGUCUCAUCCACCCGGUGCGGUAAACUCAUGGUGUCACCCCCUCCCCACAUCCCGAAGGAUUUCUUUUUUUUAAAAUAAGUCCACAGUAUAAAAAUAACAAGGACAAAAUAAAUAAAUAAAUUGAAGUUCAGGAGAUAAAUGUAUUUAAGAACUAUAACAACGUUAAUUUAUAGUUAUAAAAAGUUUUGGCCUUCGAUAAAGCUUUAAAAUAGAUUAAUUAGACACCAACAAUUUGUGUCAAUAUAACAAUAUAAGGUAAGCUUUAAUAAUAAUGUUAGGUAGGAUAUCAGUAUAUACAUAUAUUAUGUAAAUUUAAUUUAUACUUAUUUAAUUGUCUUUUUGUUGUACUGAUGAAGGCAUGUGCCGAAACGUAUACUUUUGUAUUCUGUAACAUUAUUAUUAAAGCUUACCUUAUUUUGUUAUAUUGCCACACAUUGUUGGUGUCUAAUUAAUAUAAUGUAUAGUUAUUUUUACAUUAAAAUUACUUUACUAUUAAAAGAUAUUUGAAAAAUAUUAUUUUUUUUGUUAACCCUAUACAUGGGUAAAGAGUUCUAUUUUUUUUAAAAUGUUUCUAAUUUUUGCCAAUUCCAUUCAUGCACUUAGAAUCGCUCGACCACAUCGCAAUUUGGUAUCAAUGGAAGUGCCUUAUUUCUAAGAAUUUCUCUGACCUAAGUAAUAAUAAUAAUAAUAAAUAAUAAAGUUCAUUUCAAAAACACGCUUCAUCCCCAAAGGCUCGAAGCGCGGUACAAAGUCAACAAAAAACAAAUCUAUAAUUUACCACAUUUAAAACAAACGCAACACUACAAAAACUAAUUACAAGCAUACAAUGUCAAAGUCUUUCUAGCCAUUUCAACCAUACGCAACACAGCCAUUAUGCAUUAACUGGAAAAUAAGGUUGACAAUCAUCUAUAAUAGUGUAUAGAAAUAAAGUGAGUGACCAAUUGGGGAAUGAAACUUAUUUUGAUUCACCUAGAACCGUCCAGGAGAGAUUACCUAAUGGUAUGGUGCACAAAUUAAUAGUGUUAAGCGGGCCAUCACAACAUACGGCCCGCGAUUCACAUGCGGCCCGCCAGCAUCCACUUUGCGACCCGUGAAGUAACUAAAUAUUCUUUAUUCUUAUUAUUUUCUUAAUAGCUUUCCUCGGUCCUAUUUUCGUUUGGCCCGCAUAGGCUUUUCAUAAAGUAUUACGGCCCGCCUUACAUUUUGAGUUGAGCAGGCCUGGUGUACAAUUUCUAACUUUGGUAUGUCAGAUAGGGCAGAUGCCCUGCGCUCCACUAGAAAGGCUUCCUAAUUAUGCACUAAAAAGUCUUUAAACGUAGCCCCAAAAUUGAGCAAAGGCUAAUCCAAAUUAUAUAUUAUUUUCUUCGGAUUUUAUGAGACAAACGGGGCCAAAGUGCGGUUUUCAGAAAAAUUUUAAAAGUCAGUUAGUGGGUAAUGCACAACCAUAAUGGUGUAAAUCGUAGCAAUCUGACACAGUACCAAAGAAUCCCGAUUAAAAUUGCCCCUGGGAAAUUCCGAGCCUGCCAGCUUGGUUCCAUUUCAAAAUAGGGAUUAGUCAAAAAGGCAUUUACUGCGGAAAACAAAAAUCAAAAUUCAUUCUCCCUUCAAUAGCAUCUUCCUUCGCAUCAAUAAUUCAUAAAUAUUGCCUGUACCUGCCUACUUUUUGAAAACGUUUUAGCCUUCAAAGCCUUCAUGACAAGUAUGGGGUGGUUUUUCUCGUACUACGUGAUCCCAAGUGGCUCAUGGACUUGAGUUUUCUUGUUGACAUGGCACAGGAGCUGUAUGUACUCUGCAAGAAGUGACAAGAUCAGGGGUAGCUUGUCAGUGUUGCUUAUGACUAUGUCGUGGCAAUCGGCACAAUACUUGUGUUAUGGUUCUUUGAGAAACCUCUGCCAUUUCCCUAAAAUGAAAAGUACUCAUGGAUUCAGGAACACCAUUCAAUAGAUAGUGAGUAUAAUGAUGCCAUUGCAAAACUACAGAAAGAAUCUGAUCACAUUUUUUUAAACUUCAAAACACACAGAGCCACUUUUCAUUUUUUCGCUGACCCUUUCUCUUUUAAUUCCCUCUUCCCACACCCCACUUGCGCUUCAAAUGGAGUUGAUUAAACUGCAGUGCAGUUCUAAGUUCAGGGAAUGAAUGGAGAAACAGACAAGCAUUUACAAUUUAUGAGAGCAUUGCCCUCCACCUUCGAUGAGAUUUCCAGGUUUCUCAAAGCGGAUCAUUUGCUUUUUUUUGGAGUACCUAUCUUUCUGAAAAGCUCUUUUCCAACUAUGAAAUUUAACAAGUCAAAGUUCAGGGAGAAUUUUACUGAUGAGCAUUUUCAAGCUAUACUGAGGUUCUCAGUUUCUUCCUCACUCAAGCCAAAUGUUGCUCAGCUUUGUAAGAAGAAGCGCUGUCAGGUCUCUUGCAACUAGGAAUAGGGGGAAGAAAGUGAAGCCUAGUUCUUGAGAACCCUUAUGUUUUAUUUUGUUAUUAAUAAAGGUUUAGCAGAUUGUACCAGUUGUACUUUAUUGAAUUUGUAAUCACUUUUUUUCCCCUUGAUGCGGCCCAGUCUCACUCAGAUUCUACCUCCUACAGCCCCCGGAUGAUUUGAGUUUGAGACCCCUGAUCUAUAUAUUUAUUAUUUAUUUUAACUUUAUUUCAUUUAUAAAUUUACAAUUUAAAAAUAUUUAAGAUUAGUAAAUUUUUAAAUAAAAAUAAUGUUAUUGCAAAUCUGUAAGUAAUUUUAAGUUGUCAACAGAAAAAUAUAUAAAUAGGCCUAAACUGUAGCGCCUACUAUACUAUACUAUGAGACUAUGACUAUUACUGUAACUAUAAGGUAUUAUAAAGGCUACCAUUACUGAAUAGUUAAUAUUAAUUUUAUUUGCACUCUACGAUAGACAUGUCAUUAAUAUCUUUACUAAUCAUAGAAACUUAUUUUUACUGAUAGCUAUUUAGGCUACUUAUAUGUAAUUCUUUAAUUAAAUACAAAAAUGAAAUUGUUCCAAUUUAACUGCAGCAAUAAACGCAUCUUUUGGUGAACUCGUAAAUGAAAUAUGCUAAUUUUACCUCAAGUGUUAAUUAAACUCGAACUCGGUGUGUUCGACGUAUCGCCACCGUAUACGUAGUACCGCGGUCUCAUUUGUAUGGUGGAGGCAUGUUAUUGUUAUGCAUUGAUCAAAGCACGUUUGGGUACCCACGUUUGUAUAUCUUGGCUUGGAUCGCUGCAAAUAACAAAUAAAUGUUCAUUUGAGUCACCCGUUAACAAAAAAUAUCAUGAAUAUGACGGACCGUACCCUUAUAAUGUAAGUUACAUUUACAUUUGUGAGAUUCGUCAAUUUUGAGAUGGAAAUCUUAUAACUUAUACGACGGCCUGCAGUGACUGUCAGACUGUUGUUAGUAGUGUUAGUGACAGAGAGACAGUCACUACACUCAUUUUACUUUUAGUUUUAGGCACUUCUUGUUGUGUGUCAUUGUGUAGGUAUGUGUUACUUUUUCCCGAUUGUGCAGUUCUAUCAGUAGGCCUAGCUUGUCAAUAUUUUUAAUUCAGUUUUUGACCCUCAUAGUCAUAGUAUAGUCAACAAAGGCAAAGGACACACUGACACUGGUACAGAAACUUGUUCUGAAGAGCUCAUUUUGUAAUUUUUACCUUUACUACACACCUCAUUUUUCCAGUUUUGUCAUAAUAGAAUUUUUUAAACUCCAAGAAAAUGUUUCUGCUAAGUUUAAAUUUUAACUUACUCUAGAGCAGAUCAUGCCACGUCCCAAAACAUGAUACCCACAGACAGUUAUAUUAAUUAUUCAAAGUGGCUAUUCGAUUCGGACCCCACUACCAGAAGCGAGAGGUUGGGAUUAAAAAAUGUUUAAAAUAUUAUAAUUUGGUUUAUAAGAUAAAAUUUGGUAUCAAAUGGAAGAUAAUUGAAUGGACUGUCACUAUAUGUUAUUGUUUUUAAACUUAAUUCUUCAGUUUAACUAAAAUAAACCACCACAAAUGAUAUCCAAAUAGCAUUUAGUCUAAAUGGAUCCGGACAUGCAUCGCCGCUAUUCGGACCCGGGUCCCUUGAGACUAAAUUCUAUUCGGAUGUCAUUUGUGGUAGUUUAUUUUAGUUAAACUGAAGAAUUAAGUUUAUAAACAUAUAGUCCAUUCAAUUAACUUUCAUUUGAUACCAAGUUUUGUCAUACAAACCCUACAAUAAUAUUUUUAAUAUUUUUUAAUCCCAACCUCUCGCUUCUGGUAGUGGGGUCCGAAUAGCCGCAUCCUUAAUUAUUAUUCACUCAUUUAGUAUGAUUUAGGGAUUAAUAAGCUAAUUUUUAAUUUGUCUUUACAUCAUUUUCAGAUUUUGAUAAGGAUAUCAUGGGUGUAAAUGUCAUUGCACUGGUAGUCCUUGUAGUCUUCUACCUUGCUAUCCUUGUGGUUGGUUUGGUGGCAGCAUGGAAAGUCAAAGUGAAAGGAAAGGAGACAGGGGUUACUGGAGGAAUGGAAACGUCAUUGGUAGCUGGAAGAGACCUGAAAACCAUUGUUGGUAUUUUCACAAUGAUAGGUAAGUCUUCAACAGGCUAUUGUCAUUAACUAUUGCAUAGGUACUCAUACAUUUUCUUGGCUUGCUCAAUACCAGGACAUCUCAGUUAAGAGGCUAUAUGAACUAGGUCAUGGGAGAUUCUAUUAUAGCAUGCAGUGAAAACUUAAAUUUUUCAAAAGACACUUAGCCUUUAAGCCUUUAGCCUAUUAUUAUUCAAGCCUAUUUUUAAAAAAAUAAUAAUAAUUUUGAAACACUCUCCAGAGGUGUAGCUAAGGGGGGCAGAAGGGACAGAUUUCCAGACACAAGACUAUUGGGAGCGCUAAAAUGGGCUUUGAUGUUAUUUUAUUGAUAAAAAUAAUGUGUUUUAAAUUUGAGGAUUGGGUUGUAAUAAUGAAUCUUGUCCCAGGGCUUCAAAUACUCAAGCUAUGCCUCUGACAGUCUUUUAUUUAAUAUCCUGGUACAUUAUUGGUUAAACUGAGGUGAUAUGACUGCUAGAAAUGUUAAUAAAUGUUUUGUUAAGUCAACAUUUGAUUUUUGGAAUAAAAUCUAUAAUCUAUGGUUGAUUCAUAGUUAUGGAAAACUGUUUAAAGUCAGUUGCCUGAAGCAAUGUUAAAAAGAUUUGGCUUAAAGGAAACUGUUUUUGAUUUCUUCAGCUACAACUGUUGGUGGAGGCUAUAUAAAUGGAACAGCGGAAAGUGUGGCAAAAGAUGGCAUUGCCUGGACACUGGCUCCUAUUGGCAUUUUUAUUGGGCUGAACUUAGGUAUAUUUAAUUUUAUGAGUAAACAAGUGGGACAUUUUUAAACAAUAAUAGAACUAAUGAACCUUUUGCAGUGAUUUAAGAAUAAGAUAGUUGUAAAGGAAGUACAGAAUUUUAAUUUUAUGAUCUCUUUUCAUUUCUUCAAGGGGGUGCUGUCUAUGCCCGCAGAAUGCGUGAACGGGAGUACUUGACAAUGCUUGAUCCAUUCCAGAAACAUUAUGGCAACACUGUGACCAUUCUGAUUUACCUGGCCAGCCUAAUGGGAGAUCUGUUGUGGAGUGCUUCGAUUCUUAACGCGUUGGGUCUGUUGAAUAAUUUCUAACAUUAAUCUUUAAAUGAGAUUUAGCUUUAGACUAACAUGAUAAGCAAAUAACCAAGGGGCCUCAUUUAAUUAAUCUAAGUGUCAAAGGUUAUACACUAGAAACUCUUACAAUUAGGAAAGGUCAAAAACUUUAGUAGCUUUUAGAGAAUAUUAUUUUUAUUUAUCUGUUUGGCAAUAUUUAGGUUAAAGCAUAUAGGUGAAGAACAAAUUUUGAUCUUUAUCUAAUGUUGAAUUUAAACGACAUAUCACAUAAUUUAUUUUUAGUUCCAAUUUGUAUUAAACUUGUAAAUACUCUUGUCAAGAGGAAGCAUAAUGUAAUAUGUUCAUGUCCUCCAACAUAUUCAGGUAAUUACAUUGUAAACUUGCAACUGCACCAAUUACAGGUACCACCCUCAGUGUCAUAGCAGACAUACAGCUCUACGUCGCAGUAAUAAUGUCCGGCUCGGUGACCAUCAUCUAUACCAUGAUUGGGAGCAUGAUAGCUGUGGCUUAUACAGACAUUUUACAGCUGUUUUUCAUACUGGUCGGCCUGGUAAGAAAAAUGUAUUCUUCAGUGUAUGAAAAGAUAUUGCUCAGUCUGGUUCGCUUUGUACUGUCACGUUCUUUCAUUUCAAACUUCAGCAUACCUAGUCCAAGUCCAACUAUUUCACUCAAGGGUGGUAAGUUUAGCCAUUUUAAAUUUUAAUAUUUGCAUGUGGCGUAGCCUUUUGUAGGUAAUUUUAAAAAAAAAUGAUUUUAGUUAAAAUUAUAGAUUGUCAGAAUCAAUGCUUUUUUGUCCAGGGAGUUUCCAUAAAGUUCAUAUGCACUGAUGUCUUGGUGUAUUAAGCGGAAAUCAUAUAUAUUUAUUGUUAGAUAUAUAACACUCUCUGUUUUUAUAGGUCACCUGCCUUCCAUUCAUAUUUACCAAUGACAAGAUUGGUGAUCUGGGGGCUAGUAAGGAGAUCUGGAUUGGAAAAGUGGACACCAGCCUUUGGGGUAUCUGGGUGGAUCUGUUCAUUGCUAUGGUAAAGAACUGCAUUGAUUUCCCCUUACUGUUACAUAACUUAUCUGGCAUAUCAAAAAUUGUUGGGGUUUAUUUAAAAGCUUUUUAAAAAAAAUAAUUUGUGAGUUGCAUAGUUUGGUGAUGCCUUUAAAAGUAAAUAUACUCUUAAUAUUUAAAAAAAAAAAAAUUAUAAAAUAUUUUUAUUGUAUAGUUCUGAUAAUUCAUUUUUGUUAAACAAAAUAUUUAAGUGACUCUUCCAUAAAUUUUAUGCAGAAUCAAUAAUUGGGGCUUGCCUAGUGUGACAUUGGUAUUCAUACAUCUGUAUGUACACAAGAAUAUUCUAUACCAGCUCCAGAAAAGAAAUAAUGGUUAAUGUUCAUUUGUGUUACAUUAUGAUGUUGUACCGGCAUAUAUUGAUUUUUGAAUCCAUUUUCUACUUGUUGGAAGAACAAGAGGUCAACCAUAGCCGUUCCAAACGUGAACAAAUUUUGAACACUUUCAGACACUAGGUACCAUACCCUGGCAGUCCUAUUUCCAGAGAGUUCUCUCCGUCAGAACUGCCUUUGAAGCCCAGAUACUGUCAUUUGUUGGGGCGUUCGGUGCUGUUGUGUUGGUGGUGCCUUCGGUAUUAAUAGGAAUAGCAGGGGCAAGUGCAGGUAAAACGGCUUAUAAAAUUAUUAUCAACUUGUUAAUAGUCCUUUUUUUUCUAACCUCACUUCAAUUCUAAGGACAUAAGUAAUUUGUUAACAGUACUUCAAUUCUAAGUACAUGAAUAAAAUUUUUAAUUGUUUUUCAUUUCUAAGUACAUAAGUAGACAUCAGGAAUGAUUUAUUCGAGGGCCAAGAAAAUGAUCCCCAGUUCAAUAAAGCCUCCAUUGAUUAGACGUCACUCAGAUGUGCAUUUAUGUUCCUUGGUGGCUCAGGCUCCAAUGGUAGAUACAUGGAAAUAAAUUAUGAAUUUGAGUUAGGAAGUCUUGAAAUAUAUUUUUUUAACACAUGCUUUGAAUCUGAUCCUUUUUCAUUCUGGUCAUCUUUCAUUUGAGUCUACGCCAUAUAUAAGUUGCUGUACAGUCUUACUGUAUGCCAGCAUUGUCAUUCCGAAUGCUGUUAAUGUCAUUGAGACAUGGAGAAGAACAAAGAUACUGUACAGUGACAUACAAAGGCUUUUGUGUCUAAAAAAAAUAUUUUUUAACAAGUUUAAAAUUGUUAAGUAAAUCAGAUAUCUGUUUCUUUAUUAAAAAAAUUCUGAAAUGAAUCUGUACAAAGUAGUAAGAAAUAUAUUUUCAAAGUAAAAAAUAUCAUUUGUUUGGAUGAAUAUCAUGAGAAUGACGCUGGUCCAUAAAGAAUGAUACUGUACUUACAAGUGAAGAACACAUACACAAAAUAGCACUGAAAGAGAAAAUGUAAUAGUGUCAUUUUCCUAGAAAUCCUAGAUCCUUGACAAUGUAAUAUUUUAUUAAAAAAUCACAUUACGGAUGAAAUAAUAUGUGAUCAUUUUCAAGUGCCAUGUCUUGAAACAAGACUAUGUGACAUCAUGGGUUAAGUCCAGAAUAAGUAACUUUCUUUGAUCUGAGCUCAGUUAUCAUCUACCGCUACCAUUUUAUGAUUCUUAUCUCUAGACUGGAAUAGCACAUCAUUAGGGGAAUCCCCAAUAGGCACCAACAGAUCAAGUCUUGUUUUACCUCUUGUCAUUCAUGAGUUCACUCCCUUUGCAGUUUCUGUUCUUGGUAAGUCAAUAAAAAAAAUACACUUAUAUUAGCAAUGUUAGGGGACUUUGGAUAGAAAAUCAGCUGUAAAAGAGCUUGCAUCAUUGAUAUCACAACUUUAUGCCUAAUAAAUUAAUUUAAAUUUGAUGAAAUUUAAAUUGAAUGAUUUACUAUUACAAUGUUUAAAAACUGAUAUUAGAUUGCAGUUAUUUUAUUAAGUAGUUCCUCUAAUUAGUAUUUCAAACUUAAAGUUUUAGUUUCACAAAAGUUAAGUAAAUAAAUUAAUUGCUGUUUAGUUUUCGAACCUAAAAAUAAUUUCAAAGUCAGGGCUUGUGUAUUUGAAAGUUCCUUUCAAUUUCUAAUUGAUAUUGUUGUACUUAACAAUACUCUGUUAUAAUUGUAGGCCUUGGAGCCAUAUCAGCCGCGGUGAUGUCAUCCAUGGACAGUGCCGUGCUGGGCACGAGCUCAAUGUUCACUCACAACAUUUACAGAGAGAUGCUGAGGAGAAAGGCCAGUAAGAAAGAGCUGAAGAUCAUUCACGUCAGCGCCGUUAUUUUCUUCGGCUGCGCUUGCAUGUUCAUCGCCCUGUCGUCGAGCGUCAUCUACGGUAUGUUCAUCCUUGCAGCAGAUUUUGUCUUCGUCAUCAUAUUCCCGCAGCUCACCGCCAUCUUAUAUGUCCCACAUUUAACCAACACCAUCGGUGCGGUGUGUGGGUUUGUGGUCGGACUGCUGCUACGGCUUGGUGCAGGGGAUGACAUUUUAAGGAUGCCGGUGUGGAUUUAUUACCCCUUCUACGAUGAGGUCCUGGGGCAGUUGUUUCCAUUCAGAACUUUUGCCAUGCUGAUGUCGCUCUUCACAGUCUUGAUCGUGACAUUCUUAACGAGGCUGGAGUUUGUCAGGAGAAUAUUUAAAAAGUGUGAGAAUGACUCUGAUGAGGUGGAGCUCACGGGGCAUCUGAUGAUGAACAAGACACAGGAAGAAUCCACAGACUCACGGCAGGAAAAAGCUAAAUUUAGCCGAACAAUUCUGGUGGAGAGCCCAAAACAACAGGACUCAGGGGAUCACCUAACACAGAGGAAGCGAGAUGCUAAAACCGCUGAGGAGGAUUUUGUGUCCAAUGGAACAUAUAAGAAGAUAGACACAUGAGCGGUUGUGUGGGACACAUGGGAGGUUGCAUGGGACAGAAUUUAUUUAUGG